UCCAGCCCAGCAGCCCGGCUUCGCUGCAGAAGACAGUGAGAGCUGGGGAACACGCGAACAGAGCCAAGACCUCAGCCCUCGGAUCCAUCAUCGCUAUGGGAAUUACACCGCUGACCCCCGACGACCAAACGCUCGCCUCCCGCUGCCCGAGCCUCGCUGCCCUCAUAACACAGACUAUAAAAAGCUGGACGCAGUUGCAGCAUUAGGACGGAGUCGGCUCCCCUGCACAAUGCGGGUGCCCUCUUGAUGCUCUCGACGCAGAGAUGCUCCACCUGAGGUAGAGAAGGACCCUCUCUCUGUGUGCGAGAAGCCGGACAUUCUCAUGUUUUGAGAAGAAAAGAGUGUGAGAGAAGGAAAAAUGCCUGCCAUCUGUUUAUCUCUAACGCUGCUGUAUGCACUGGUCGGUGAUAUCCAGGCCUUAACCCCCAGCGCCCUUGCUACAAAGGGGCCGUUGUCGGCCCGCCAAUACCGCCACAUCGAUCCAGCCACCGGCAGCCAGUUGGUGUGCGACAAGUGCCCGGGGGGCACCUACGUGUCGUCCCACUGCACGGAAACCAGCGUGCGUGAGUGCAGCCGCUGCCCAGAGGGAACAUUCACGCGGGGUGAGAACGGUGUGCAGCAAUGCCACCACUGCCAGAGACCCUGCGAGGCACCUUUCAUUGAGAAGACCCCCUGCACGGCUACUUCGGACCGGACCUGUGCCUGUCCAUCAGGCACUUUUGCUCAGGGGGGCGAGUGCCGUCCCCACUCGCAGUGCCCUCCUGGCUGGGGUGUCCGGAAGCAGGGAAGCGACACGGAAGACGUGCGCUGCCGCAAAUGUGCGCGGGGCACCUUCUCUGACGUGGACUCAAACACGGAGAAGUGCCGGCCGCAUACGGACUGCCGGACGCAAGGGCUGCCGCUGGUGCUCAAAGGCACUGAGAAGAGGGACAGUGUGUGUGGAGUGCUGCCAUCAAGCCCGGCCUCAGCUUCCCCGUCCACACACGCCGCCACUGGCUCAGCACAGAGAGUGCCUGCAGAGGCUACUUCAGCCUGGCCAUCAACAGCCGUCACAGACUUAGCAGCGCAGCCUCCCAGCAGUCCACAAAUGGCCUGGGGCUUCGCAGACGUUGCCACGCCCACGAGCAUCUCAGAGGCCAGCCAGGAAGACGCAGAGACCCUGAGUGCUACUACCCAGGAUCCUCUGAGGAGGCACCGCAAACACCCCCCAUCAAGCAACUACCAGCCUACUAAUCAGAGGGCCAUGGAGAGUCUGUCGGAGGCCAAGGGCCAGGGUUUGGCCUACAGGCCCAUCAGGAGAGGCUCGCCGCGGCCCAGUAUGCACAAGCACUUCGACAUCAACGAGCACCUGCCCUGGAUGAUUGUGUUACUGCUGCUUCUGGUGCUGGUGGUGAUUGUGGUGUGCAGCAUCAAACGCAGCUCACGGGUGCUCAAGAAGGGUCCCAGGCAGGACCCCAGCAGCAUCAUGGAGAAAGCCAUUCACAAGAAGCCCAGCUCCCCUGCACAAAUCAAGGAGAAGUGGAUCUACUGCUCCAACGGCCAAGGUGUUGAUAUCCUGAAGCUGGUGGCAGCCCAGAUUGGCAGCCAGUGGAUUGACAUGUACCAGUCCUUGGCUAAUGCCACUGAACGCGAGGUAGCGGCCUUCUCCAACGGCUACUCGGCUGACCAUGAGAGAGCAUAUGCCGCCCUACAGCACUGGACCAUCCGUGACAGUGAUGCCAACCUGGCCAAACUGAUCAAUGCGCUCCACCGCCACCGGCGCAUUGAUGUGGUGGAGAAGAUCCGUGGCGUCAUGGAAGACAAUCCUCAGUUUGACCUGAACCAGCUGAUGACCUCAGUGAAUGUAAGCCAGUGUGUCAGCCCCAGCCAUAAUAAACCUACGGAGGCGCCUGGCUUGGUAGUGGAGCACUCUCCGCAGGACCGCAAGGGCUUCUUCACCGACGAAUCCGAGCCGCUGCUGCGCUGUGACUCCACCUCCAGCAAGGACUCCGCCCUCAGCCGCACAGGUUCUUUUAUUACCAAAGAGAAGAAGGACACAGUGCUGCGGCAGGUACGUCUGGACCCGUGCGACCUGCAGCCCAUCUUCGACGACAUGCUGCAUAUCCUCAACCCAGAGGAGCUGCAUGUCAUCGAGGAGAUCCCGAUGGCCGAGGAUAAGCUGGACCGCCUGUUUGAGAUCGCAGGGGUCAAGAGCCAAGAGGCCAGCCAGACCCUCCUUGACUCCGUAUACAGCCACCUGCCGGACCUCCUAUAGACCUUUUUCACUGCUACACGCAAACGUUCACGUGGAAUGUCACAAGGACAAACAUACGUGCACUCUCCCUGAAACUUGCUACGUCCUCCAAUGUCCCAUGCCCACACAGUGAAAAUCUCUGGACAGAUCGGUCAGGGGUCUCUGAGCACAUUAAACGCCGCUGCUUUACCCUAGCAUUAAUGUAGCGUUCACCAACUCAUGUGUGCUCACCAUGGACAUUCAGUAGUGCUGUAACCCUUCUAACAUAAAGAAAUGUCUUGCACACUUCUCUGGACAGUGUCUAACACUAAUGCGAUUCAAUGUACACCAAUCAGGCAUAACAUUAUGACCACCUCCUUGUUUCUACGCUCAUUGUCCAUUUUA